GUUCAUUGAGACUAUAACGUAAUGGGAUAUCCCAGGUAACAUUGUGGUGUUGAUUCACAGCUGUUUCUAAGAAUUCCCAGGUCUAACCAUAAUAUUUAAUAUGUUACCAGGAUAUCGCCAGGUAACAUUACCAUUCGUUUAAGCACAGCUGUUUCUAAGAAUUCCCAGGGCUAAUCGUGAUAUUUAUGCUUUCCCCGUCAACUAUCCGGUAUUGGAAAACUAACCAUAAGAGGGGCCAGUCAGCACAAUAUAAAGAAUAUGGCAUCGACAAGAUAUCUAACUGGAAGGAUUUCUGCUACAGAAUACAAUUGCCCAAAAGGUGGAAUAUGUAAAAUUGAUAUUGCAGGGAAGCACAUAGAUGCGCAACUGAAAAUAGUACCAGUUAAAGUUGUAAUACCUUAUUUUCCUGAAAAUUGCCUUGAUACCGGCAUAGCCUUUGCUGCUAUUGAAGAUGAUGAUGUGUUUGUUUAUACGCCAUUUUCUAUGACCCACGAGGCUGACCAGGUUAUCUACACUUUUAUUCAUGAAGGUGUGGAAACUGUAGUAACAGUGGGGAAGUACAAUUUUGUUGUCAAAUGCCCAACUUAUAACAUGUGCAUCCAAACCAUUCCCUGUAUACUACCAAACAAGAUUCAACAAAAAGCCAUCGUGGCCAGUGUCGAGAGGGAAGGCACGUGUUGGUUUCAUAGAGCAGUGAUAGUGGAACUUUCGAGCAAUAACGAUGGUGGUGUUUUUAUUAUUCAGCUGAAAAUUCCGUCCCUACGCCCGCAGGAUUGUUCAGUUGUGUUCCCAGAUGGACAGAAAGUUGUCUGUACAUCGAUUCAAACAUGUAACGAAGAUGCAUGCACUCACCUGAAAGUCAACCUCUACGGUAUUUCACAAGAGUGCAAAAACGACUUGAGAAUGACGUUAAGCUUGUGGAAGGCAACAAUAAGAGAAGUCAUGGAAAAGCGGAGUAAUGAAAGUAUUCCAGAUGAGCACAUGGCAAUAUUACAACCAUUUCAUGAUUACAUGAUCAACGAGAUAGAUCCCGAAAACAUCGUACCAUCUAUGUUUAGUAAAAACAUCUUUAGCCGGGAUGAUACAGAGCGAGUCUCAAAGGGAGGAAUUCGAAGAGAGCAGAUGAAGAUUUUCUUAGACAUACUUUACCGUUCCGGACCAAAUGCAUAUUCUGUAUUUUACGAAACUUUAGCAAAUAGUGGAUAUAUCCAUAUUACAAAACUUUUUGACGAGCGACAUAAAGAAAAUAUGUCUAGAACACCGGAUUCAAAGUAAAGACAUGAAUAUAUUUAUGGUUAAGACUCACACAAACCUUCUUGAUAUAUCAUUAAGUAAAGUGAAUACAAUAUCCACCUCCGUAGUAAUGUCAUAUAUUUCCAAACCUAAGCAUAUUGUAUUAUAUUGUACAUUGUCACCCGAAAAUGCUUGAUUAAAACUGCAUACCCAAGUAUCAUAAUAUAGCCAUUAUAACUACCGUUCAAGUGAUACUAUUCUAAACAAUAAGAGUUAUAACUGUUAUUCGUUCGGAUAGGACGAAAAACCGAGGUUCCGAUGCAUAAAUUGGCGUGCACGUAAAAAAUCCCUAGUUGGAAUUCAAUGUAAGAGUAGGCCGUAGUGCCGCUGUCCGGGAAAAAAAUUUUCCUCACAGGACACUGUAUAGUGUAUGCCCGUCUUCAUUAGCCCAGGUCGGAGCAGAGUAGUAGGACGUUAAACUCCAUUUCACUUCCCCAUUAAUGCUAUUUUAUGAUGUUCAGUCAAAAAUUGACCCAUCGGUCACGAAAUGGUUAACGGUCUAAGCCCUCCCCAUUAAACAAUACUAAACUAAAACCCAAUUAAAUCUGCUGGAUAGUGGUGGUUUAUUUCAGGUAUCUUUAAAAAAAAAAUUGGACCGCAUUAACCCUUUUGCAGCGUGUACAGUGGCUAAUCCGUUUGACUGCUAGUCAAUUUUAUUUUUGCAAUGGAGAGUGGGUAUAACACCCUUCAUAUACCAUCGGUCAUUCCCGCAAAAGAAGUGUUAUGGGGCUACAAAUGUGGUGUGUUGUAUUAGUUAUUUGUAAGUACAAGGUGGGAGCUUGUUCAGUCAUUCUGAUCGAAGAGAGGGUCCUAUAAUUAUGAAUAUUUUGUUAGAUAUGUAGAAAAUGAGAUAUUAAGUACUGAAGUUUGUGGUAAAUACAUAUUUUUUUGAUAUUUUCAAGAUAGGAAAACAAAUCUCGGCAUUUCUAUGACCCCGGAUGGAUCAACCAGGCAAAUAUUUCAUAUACGGGAACAAAGUAAGUAAGUGGUUUUCUCAUGGACACUUUCUUAGUUCUCUUAUCCUUCGGCCUCAUUAUCAUGAAUAUUCACAGCAAAACCUGACAGAAAAUGUAUAUUCAAGCUCUUUUCUUCGAUUAUACACAAACAAAAAGAAAAAAACCCGAGAAAGGGGUAACUAGCAUAGUAAUUAAUGAUUGCCUGUGUCCUAUACAUAUCUUAGCUAAAACAUAGAGGCUGGUGCCACUAGACUGGCUGUUUCCCUUUGAAACCAUAGUCCAAGCUGUCAAACCAGCAAUUAUUAGACCCAAGCUGCACUUAGUCUGCGAACUCGUUCUCUCCAAAUCCACAAAGAAACCUGGACUCCCUUCAUUUAUACUACCAAAGCACGUGCGUUUCUGCGCCAUCUAUUGCACGUGAUAUAUUUAUUAUCAGUGUGUGGACAGUCUUCAGUUUGUGUUUUGAGUUCGCUAACAGCUAAACCCCCUCUUCUGUUACAAUCUUUGGAAGUAAAUUAGUAUUAACAUUAUCUAAAUUGGUCUGUAUCUUUUGCAGUAUUUACGGUACCAAAUCAUGGCUGAAAAACGGAAAGAUGACCAAUUGGAGGUUCAUAAUUUUCAUAUCAAACAAGAUAAUUGUGAUCAAACCAAACCAAACGUGAAUUACAUACACUUUAUUAUUUCUUCAGAUAAUGCUCAUAAAUGUUUCUUUUUGUAAUAAACGAUUAAGCAGCAAGCGCGCAUUACAGGAACAUAUGCGAACCCAUACUGGAGUAAAUCGUUUAGAAGUUCCCGUAACUUACAUAGGCAUAUUAAUGCGCAUAUACAAGCUAUGCGUUUUAUCUGUGACGUAUGUGGAAAGGGAUUAAGCUCCAAAUAUGGCCUGGACAGACACCAACUACGGAUUCACGGAGAAAAGCAAACGGAAGCGAAAUCUCUGAAAUGUGACAUUCGUGGUAAAAUAUUUAAAACUAUUCAGAAUCGUAUCAGAAUUCAUACUGGGCAAAAACCUUAUCGAUGUGAUGUUUGUGGUCAAUCAUUUAGAUCAAGCAGUUAUCUUCUAUACCAACAUACAAAAACUCAUACCGAUAUAGCCGAGUUCCAGUGUAAAUUCUGCUGUAAAACAUUGAGUUCUAAGCACAGUUUGAGGGGGCAUAUGAAUAUUCACACAGACGAAAAGUCACCAACCCACACAAAACAUACAAGAGAGAUACCCUAUAAAUGUUUUAAAUGCCUUAAAACGUUUGUAUCUAAUGGCAAUCUUCAAAAACACGCCCAAAUUCAUACAAACGAAGAACACCGCAAAUGUGAAAUAUGCAACAAGGUGUUGAGUACUAAGUAUAGUUUAGUACAGCAUAAAAGAAUUCAUACUGGAGAUCAGACUUUUCAGUGUCACGUAUGUCGAAAAACAUUACAAACUAAAAGCAGUUUAAAAAUACAUUUAAGAAUUCAUACUGGAGAGAAACCUUGUAAAUGUGAUAUUUGUAGUGAAUCAUUUAUUUCUAAUAGUGCUUUGUGCAAGCACAAAUUUAGUCAUAUUGAAGGAGAACCCUUUAAAUGUGACAUAUGCAGCAAAGCGUUGGCAUCAGGAAAUAGUCUGCAUACUCACUUGAAAAUUCAUACUGGAGAGAGGCCCUUUAUUUGCCAUAUGUGUCAGAAAUCUUUUAUUAAUAAGCAUGCCCUUAAAAGGCACACGAGAAUACAUUCUAGUGAAAAACCCUUUAAAUGUGACAUAUGCCACAAACAGUUUAGAAGUAAUACCAGCCUCCGUGCUCAUAUAAAAUACCAGCAUACUAAAGAGAAACGAUAUAAAUGUGACAUUUGUCAAAAAAUGUUGACGACCAAUCACAGUUUACAGAAUCAUAUUCGAAUCCAUACGGGGGAGAAACCAUAUAAAUGUGACAUAUGUCAUAAAAUGUUGACAACCAAUUACAGUUUACAAAAUCAUAUCAGAACUCAUACCGGAGUGAAACCAUAUAAAUGUGACAUUUGUCAUAAAGCGUUGGCAACUAAUUGCAGUUUACAGGAUCACAUUAGGAUUCAUACUGGAGAAAAACCGUUUGAAUGUACCAUAUGUCAAAAAGUGUUUAGUACAAACGCUAUACUUCAUAAUCAUACCAGAAUUCACUCUGGGGACAGGCCAUUUAAAUGUGAAACAUGCCAUAAAAUGUUUAGUAGAGUCACCAUGCUCAAAAAUCAUAUCAAAACUCACACUGGAGAGAAAGCAUACAAAUGUGACAUUUGUCAUAAGAAGGUAACUACUAAACACAGCUUACAGAGUCACAUCCGUAGCCAUACUGGACAAAAACCAUAUAAAUGUGACAUAUGUCACAAAAGUUUUACUUCUAAGAGCAUUCGCCAAAACCAUACCAGAAUUCAUAGUGGGGAGAAGCCAUUUAAAUGUGAAAUAUGUUGCAGAUAUUUUAGUACCAAGACCAUCCUUCAGAGUCAUAUAAGAAUUCAUACUGGAGAAAAGCCAUAUAAAUGUGAAAUAUGUCAUAAAAUGUUGACAACAAAUUACAGCUUACAGAAUCACAUGAAAACUCAUACUGUAGAAAAACCAUAUAAAUGUGACAUUUGUUAUAAGAGGUUUAGUAUUAAGACCAUCCUCCAAAAUCAUAUUCGAAUUCAUACGGGAGAGAAGCCAUAUAAAUGUGAAAAAUGUCACAAAGAGUUCACUACUAUAAAUAAUCUACAACAGCACAUUAGAAUUCAUACCGAGGUAAACAGAUUUAACUGCACUGUUUGUAACAAAUCCUUAAAAUCAAGCCGAACUCUUUACGUUCAUAACAAAACGCAUCAAACGAAAUCUUACCAGUGUAAAACGUGUAACACAUUGUUAAAAUCUUAUUCCGAAUUUAAACAGCAUCAAAGAAAUAAUCAUGGAAGGAAUUCUUUGAAAUGCGACCAAUGUAAUAAGGUGUUUAGUGGUAAAAGAGGUUUAAAGCUGCAUAUUAAGCGCCACAUAGGUAUUAAGCGAUAUCAGUGCGACAUAUGUUUCAAAAGGUUGACUGCUAAACAUACCCUACAUGAACAUAUCCGAAUUCAUACUGGAGAAAAGCCACAUAAAUGUGACAUAUGUUAUAAAGCGUUGUGUUCAUACCAGAGUCUAAAAUUACACAAGAGAACUCAUACUGGAGAGAAACCGUAUACGUGUGAUGUUUGUAAAAAGUCAUUUACAUCACGCAGUACCCUAGUUGUUCAUUCUAGAACUCAUUCCGGAGAAAAACCAUUUAAAUGCGAUAUUUGUACAAAACCAUUUGCAUCGCGCCGUGUAUUAAAUGUUCAUAUGAGAAACCAUACUGGAGAGACGUGUUUUUAGCAAUUGCACCCUCUUCGCGUUGUUAAUAUCGAUAUUGUCAGUUGAAAACGUCAUUUUAAGUGAAAGAUUGACGUUGUUUAUUAAAAUCGAUGUUAGAUAUUAUUAGACGAAUUUGACAGAUUAAAGUCCCGAUGCGUCAUUUUUAUUUUCGCCAAAAUAUAAAAAUUUUCACUGCUUGAUACACGCUAAAAAUGUACUGGAUUAUUUAACAUAUAAUUUAAAAAAAAAAAAAAAAUCAAAAUACCAACGCUUGAUAAUGCCCGGCUUAGAUCCCCUCUACCAAUAUCACACCUCGACGUCUUGUUACGCUCGAGAAGAAUAGACAAACGAAUUUUCAAUUUAUCAUAAUUUUGUAAAUACUGAACGAAUUUAAUGGUUUUGAACUGAUAUUCCUAUAAAAGAUAACACUUCCACAACAGUAUUUAUAGCGCUAAUUGACGCAUCGAGACUUUACAUUUUAAGUUCAAAUUUACAUUUUAAUUGAAAAUCAAUAUUUAUAUUGUAAUCGAUAUUGAACUAGUUUAAUUUCAAAUAGGAAUAUACCCUAUGUUAGUGUCAAGCGAGUCUUUAACUAACCCUCCCUGUCUCUCUAUUACUUGCCGGUGUUACGAUCAAAGCAGGGUAUGCUUACUCCAACACCAGACAAUGCUUUAUUGCACUUGUGUAUUAUUCAUAUGUAUUGUUUUGUUUUUAUAGCCCUAUCGUUUUGUUCUGCAAGAAUAUUUUUAAGAGGAGUACGAAUAGGAAACCAUGCUUUAGUUGUAUUCUAACUUUAAGUUGCAUUGCGAAGAAAUCUAGAAUUUGGGGGAUAGGGUUUGCGAGACAUGGCCUUUCUGAAACCGGACUUCUUUUUUUACAUUCAAGUAUUUUUCAUAUGUAUGGUGCAGCAUCGGCAUUUGGAUUUCAACCUAACAUAUAUCCCAUCAGACGAUUCAGAUUAUUUGUAUCAAACAUGGUUUCAAAAACACGGUCCAACAAAAGAUUUGGACCGAAGAAAAAAAGCGUUCUAUUCGCACUCCCCAAUUAAGAUUAAUUCUGUAGUGUUUCUUGUUUUUUUUUGUUUUGUAUUGUUAUUAUGUUUAUUUUCUGUAAUGAAAGUCACCUAUUAACGUCCUGAAUGGACACGUGUUUACUCAUCAGCAGCGCUGGAUUUAGAUGAAGAGAUACCCCAGGCUUUUCCUUUAAAGGGACACCUUUCGACCCCCAAUCCCCACGACUAGAGGGAGAUGAAAGUGUUUAAAGCACUCGAGCAAAGCCGAGGAUGAUGACGGAUUUUUAAAGAUACAUCCCCGCGUACAAACUGUGUGAUUUGAUGAUAUAUUUGGAAUAAAAACAUAUUCAAAGUAACCAAUCUAUCCAGAAUUUGCUUCAAUUCCCUCUCAAAACUUUGUAUUCGACGGGGAUACCUAUAGCUAUAAGUAAGUUGUUUUUAGACGCAAUAGAGACUUUUGGCAAGCGUAAAUUCCUGGUCCGUAUCGCGUAUCCGUAACGAUUUUGCGCGUGACGUCAUCAAUGCGUGUGUAUUUCUCAUACGUGAUACGACACACGGAUACGGCAGCACGUAUCGAACAGCUUUCAUACGGAAAAGGUCCGUAUAACAUCGUCGUCUUUUUAUCGUAUAUUUUGCUACUUUUAGACGCUGAAAUGUUGUGCCUUGGUGUUUUUAUGAAUCUAUGUGUAUCCUAGAACACGAAUGUGUAUAUUUGAUGUGAUUUAAACCAUGGCAAAGACUGGAAUUUAUCAUUACUUUUGAUGAGCUUUUCGCGGAAUUUUCAUAUUUUUCCUGUCUGCACGCUUGUUGAUCUACGUGCUAAAUUUAGGGAGGUAGGACCUUGCAAAUCUGUAAAAGGGGUAUAUUCUUAAUAAGAUUCGACACUAACUUUUAAAUUUUUUAAAAAUAACUCAGCGACUGUCGAACGACUUCACUCCUUUCAGGAAUUUGUAGGCUAGGUACUUGACUAGUACUAAUGUUGAUCUUGGUAGAUAACUGCCAUCAUGCUGUAAUAGAACUACGCUCAGCUCUGCUACCCAUACGUAGACGGCGCGAAAAUCUGCCAAAACUCUAAAACUAAAUUAACGCAAUGUAACACGAUACGGAUGAGAACAAUUCCACUUGCCAAAAAGCCUCUAAUGUCUGUCAACUUUUUUCAGAAUGUUUUAUCAUUACUUACUGUACAUUUACCAUAAAUAUUGAGGCCUAAGUAAAUUCUUAAUUCUUUCUGUCAACUUCUUUUUCCGCCGUUUUUUGCAGAGUCUUUUGUAUGUUGACACCCCUCAAUGUUCCCAAAACCGCCUAACCAUUUGAUCAAGAAAUAACAACCGCUCCCUGACUUAAGCUGGCACCCAAUAAACUAGCAGAUAAUAGUCGGGUUGCCAGUUAGUGAUACGUUGAAAAUUUUGCCCAGUGCUUGCCCCAUGGGCUUUUUUCGGGUAAUCCAGUAUUUUUCUUGUAAGAUUGGGUGUCUAUACUUUCCAUAUAUACCAAAUUUUACAUACUUUUAUUGGAAAUAACCACCCGAUAAAUACUUUUCCUGGGAAAGUAUCUUUAAGACUACAGUGCGUGUAAGAAAGGCUUAUGGCUCCGUCAAAUAUAUGAUAUACCUUGGACGGAGCCCCCCCCCCCCCCACACACACACCCCUAGAUCUUGAGGCUCUGGGUUUUAGCCUGCCAAGCCUCUAAGUAACUCUGGCAAAGUUCAUCGUAUUACGUUAUCACACUGUCCGUAUGUCCGCCAACAAUUGCUUGUGGACGCGAUAGAGGCUAUUAUUGGAUUUUUUUCAAAUUUGGUGUGAGGCAUUGUGGUAAUGAGAUAGCGGAUCCUAUUGAUUUUCACGUCCCUCGACCAUUCGUACGAGAGUUAUGUCCCUUUACCGAAACCCCUUUGAACGCGGUAAAUUAUGUAACAAUAUCUUUGUUUACUUCUUUAGCUGCUGCUUUUUUUGUAACACACAA